GGUUCACUCUACGUUCGAUCAGCAGGUUCUCCAGCGGUCCCUCACCAGGAUUGAAACGCGGUGUGCUGCCAAUUCUAUGGAGCUGAAUGUCUCCAAGUGCGAAGUGGUGUCUUUUUCUCGUAGUCAAUUUCCAUAUAUCUUUGACUACCGCAUCAAUGGAUUGGUGCUGAGAAGAAUGAACAGUGUUAAGGACCUUGGAGUUGUUUUCACCUCUACACUCGACCCUUUGGAGCAUAUUGAUGGUGUUGUAUCAAGAGCUUACUCCCUCUUGGGAUUCAUCAUGAGAUCGACUUGGAGCUUCAGGUCACCCCAGUCGCUCCUGAUCCUCUACAAGUCUCUCGUUCGCCCGGUCCUUGAGUAUGGUUCAGUGAUCUGGUCCCCUCAUCUUAUUACCCAUAUCGACUACUUGGACCGAGUUCAGCUUCGUUUUUUGAGGGUGUUGGGCGUUCGAAUGGGCUAUGGCUACCUGACGACUCCAAUUGAAGAAUUGGAGCUGAGAUUCAACCUGCAUCCUCUUCACACUAGACGUCAAUUGCAAGAUCUUCAGCUUCUUUACAAGUUGGUUAAUGGCAAGUUGGAUUGUCCUGACCUCCUUCGUCAAGUAAACUUCUACAUUCCUAGAGGAACUAGAUCAAAGGCAGUGUUUGGAAGAGUAUACCGGCCAACUAGUUAUGCUAGCAACUGUGGUUUGGCGAGGAUGCAGCACAUCGAGUUGGAUGCCACCUGUGCAUAUGACCGUCCCGGCAGGAUUCGAACAGUGGAUGGACUGGGAGGUCUUACCACUUCUUGGGCUCCCCGAGGAACAGCCGUCGUGUUGGAGUAUGAUUAUGUCAUCAAGUUUUAG